UACUAUAACAUUUUCCUAAACUUUUGUAAAAGUGUUUCGCUUUUUGUUGCACCAACAACCGACCAUACCGCAUGACUUUCGUUAUCGGCAUAGUUCACAGGAACUGAACUGACAUAGUGAUAGUACUGCGGCCAGCUGAGCUGAACUUUCGGUUGCGUCUUUCGGUGGUUUUUUCUUUUAUCUUCGACUUAUUUUAUUGUGGUUUAGUGGACUUUUUCGAUCGUUGGAGGAGUUGUUUGGACUGCGAAAAUGGAUACACUGUACGCCGAAGCGGAAUACAUUUACAGGACGUCCAAACAGAACAACUCCGAUAUUGCAGGAGUUCUGAAGCUGGUUGUAGACAGAUAUCACAAUGUAGUUGAUAGGAUAAGUGAUCCACGAACGACAGACUGGCCGCUGAUGCAAAGUCCCCUGCCCACCAUAACAAUGGUCGUCACAUACUUGUACGUAAUCCUGAUCCUCGGACCGAGAUUGAUGCGAGACCGAAAGCCGUACAAGCUCAGGGAAGUCUUGAUCGCCUAUAACGGAGCACAAGUCCUGUACAGUCUCUUCAUGUUAUACGAGCAUUUGAUGAGUGGAUGGUUUUGGGAUUACAGCUACAAAUGUCAACCGGUCGAUUAUUCGGACAGUGAGAAGGCAAUGAGGAUGGCCAACCUGUGCUGGUGGUACUACAUCUCCAAGCUGUCCGAAUUCGCCGACACCGUCUUCUUCGUGAUGCGCAAGAAGGAGAGCCAAAUCACGCUGCUCCAUCUGUACCACCACAGCCUCACGCCGCUGGAGACGUGGAUCCUUGUGAAAUUCCUCGCAGGUGGACAUGGAACCUUCUCCAAUUUGAUCAAUAACAUGGUGCACGUGGUCAUGUAUUUCUAUUACAUGGUUUCGGCCAUGGGUCCCGAAUAUCAGAAGUACAUCUGGUGGAAGAAGCAUUUGACCACCAUCCAAUUACUGCAAUUCACCUUGGUGUUCGUCCACUCCGCCCAGCUGCUCUGGUUCGACUGCGGCUACCCAAGAUUCAUCGGGCCGCUCCUCCUGCUCCACUCGACCAUCUUCUUCGUGUUCUUCUCGAACUUCUACUACCAGACGUACAAGAAGAACGCCGCCAAGCAAAUCAAAGCGCAGUAGAUUAGUAUUUAUAUAUCACAAUUUGUUUUUGUAUUAUUUUUAUACGUACGACACUUUGAUUUUAUUAAAAUAGUAUAUUAAUUAAUAAUUUUAAGUGCGGGCCAGGAUUUUAAAAAUGUGAUAAGAGUUUUUACAUUUUUUCUGUAGUUUCAGUAGUUUGUUGCAUAAUGGACGUGUGCCAUUCAAAGUAAUCUGUACCAUACAGGACGUUUUAAUUCAUGUUUCCUCAUGUGAUUUUAAUAAAAUCAAAACAGCGUGUUAGUGUCAUAUAAUAACAAGUUUUGUACCUCAACUUGAUACACAUGUACAUAUUCUAGCAUAUUUAGGAUUAUAAUAAGGCAUUUUUGUACUAUAUAUUUGUAACCUAGUCAUAGAGCCCUGGAAGAACAUACGUAUUUGGUUUGUAACAACGGCAAACUUCAUAUUGGAAAAUGAGUUUCACAUACCUUUAACUUUGAAAAGUUAUUCUUUAUAAACCAAAGAGAUGUUGAAAUCUUCUAAUGAAUUUUCCAGUGUUUAAAGGGAAUGCAAUGGAGGCUAACAAAUUUUCAUAUUAAAAUUUAAUAGGGUGGCCUUUCUUUGCAAACUCAAUAUUUAUAAAUAUAUUUAUUAUGUCUUCAUAAAUAAUAAUUAGUAAUUAAUUUUAAGGAUUAUUGUAAUGUUUGCUCAAUAUUUUAUAUUUUCUAAUAAAGAAACAAGACAAU